GGCCCACUCCGUCCUCGAUUUUUAUUCUAACAGGUAGUUCAGAAACAAACAGACGAGCAGCGAGCAGCAUGCUGAGCAGAAAGAGCUCCUGUGCGGAGGUGAUGAUGAUGCUGAGCGCUGCAGCCGAUGGAGUGGACCGCAUCAGGGUCGGGGAGAAGCUGCAGGCUGCGCUGGUCGGGCUGCAGGAGCUGGAUCUGCUCAAGGACAGGCAGGGCGACAUGGUAAGCUGGGCUCUGGGACUGGACCGAGAAGAACCGGUCACCUUGAUCCAGUCCGGAGGAGUCGAACCGAUGGGGGCUGAGGAGCAGCGCCUAGAGGAGACCCUGACCUCCCUGAAGCAACAGCUGUCUCGUCUCCGGAAACAAGACGUCGGCCUGAAGACUCACUUGCAGCAUCUGGACCAGCAGAUCAAUGAGCUGAAGCUAGAUGUGAGUAAGGCUUCCACGGAGCAGCUGGAGAGUGACAGCAGGCCAAGUUCAGGUUUCUACGAGCUCAGCGAUGGUGGCUCUUGCUCUCGGUCCAACUCCUGCACUUCUGUCUACAGCGAGUGUCUGUCAUCUUCUUCUCAGUCAAGCCUAGUUCCGUUGAGUCCUGCUAAGUGUGCCACUAGCCCCGUGUUGCAUGCUGAUGUUUGCCGCCGACGCUCUGCUGAUGAGAGCACCACCCAGGGCAACCCGCCACGGGCCGUGGGCCUCCACCUGGGAAGCAGCAGGAUCCGAGCAACUGCUACGGGAGCAGAGCAAGCACGACCAAGACCGGUGUCAACAGGUGAUCUUGACAAAAUAAUUGCACAAGGAUUGGGCUGCUUCAAAUCUGCGGAUGCAAAGAAACCCCCAGUGGGCCCAAAAUGGAUGACUUCCCCAAUGGACCCCAAGUUCCAACGCAAUCUGGAGCGCUGUAGUGGGAUUGAUGUCCGCCAGUACUCCAGCCCUCUGCAUGCCGUGGCUCUCCAGACAUCCAUCUUCUCCCAGGGGCUUGAUGUUGGGACUUCUGUACUUCUAGAGGGCCAAGAAGACUUCCAAAAUGACUACAAUUCUCUCCAAAUGGGUUAUGACACCAAGACCUUGGAUUACAUUGACAAACUCCUACAGCGCAGCUUGAAUAGAAUCCAACGAGAAACUGGCAGCGCUGACAGGAAGCUCACUGAAAAUGUUCAUGCAUCAGCGGAAAAAAGCAUCUCUGCACCAUGGCCUCCUCAAGCCAGGACCAACAUCUCUCUACCUAACGACUACCAGAGCAGGCAUUGUGUUCAGUACUCAAGCCAAGAGUUUACUGACAAGACAAACCAGGACAAGUCAGCGAGAGCUCCUGAAGCUCUCUGCUGGCCCUCCUAUCCUGCUACCAUAAAGGAGUUCCACUCUCAUGAGAUCUCUUAUUCAUCCCUGAAGAAUAAUACGCCCAUAGAAGAAGGAAACCACUCUGAGAGAGGUUGCAGUGGUAAUGUAGACCCAAGACGUGUGGAGAGAAAGGCUCAUUGGCCACUGAUUGCCCACAGUUGGAACCCAGAGGAGAGUCAAAGCUAUGAGAUCCACAGCAGUCAUUCAGGCUCACCAGAGUUUGUCCAUGCCAGGUUUGUCCCUGCUGAAUCUCAAAGGGUCAAGGUAAGACCAGCAGAUAACAAAACCAGAGCUGUGAAGCUGAAGAGAAAAAGCAAUGAGAAGUCUCGAGUUGUGAAACAUCACGGUGAACGGACCAAAGAGGCCUGUGUUGGAGGAAAAGGAGAACCGAGAAGACCAGGAAGGGGGAAGGUUAUGGAGAGAGUGAACGCAUGUGACCCUAUUCCCACCAGUGCAGUACUUACGGUCACCCACAAGGUCCACCCCAAAGCACAUCCCAUUCCUUCUGUCACAAAGUUUGGUAAAAGUCGGAAACAGCUAUUCGUGGAAUGCGACCCGACAGACCAGAGGAAGAGAAGACAAGGUGCCAAAUAUGAUGUGAACAUGUUCCAGGCCUCGUCUGUUCAGCGUCAAAGAUCAAAAGGUGCUCAGGUUUCAGAGAGCAUCCAGAUGGUCCGCAAUGUUGGUGUCAAGCCAGGCAAGUGGAUGGGACCUCCCCGCCCCUUCCAGUCAUCCAUGUUCUCCAAUUCAUUUUUUCACAAUCUAAACACCAGAUACCCUCCAGCACCCUUUCCUGUGUCUGGUCACCACCCACCCAGGUGUGAGUCCGAGUAUUCUGCCGAAUGCGCCUCGCUGUUUCACUCCACCAUCGCAGAAAGCAGCGAGGGGGAGAUGAGUGAUAACACCACCAACUGUUUUGGAGAUAGUGAGUCUAGCCAGAGCUUCUCAGACUCGGACGGCAGGCCGUCCCUGGACGAGGGGGACCAGGUGGAAGAGGAGGGAGUUUUGGUUUGGGCUGAGGCAGCGCUGGGGCCCACUGCAGCUGGGCAGACCCUCAAGCAGAUCCCACCCCGCCCUGAGACAUCAGCCUGCCGCAUCAAAGCUUCCCGGGCUCUGAAGAAGAAGAUUCGGCGGUUUCAGCCUGCCUCCCUGAAGGUCAUAACCCUGGUGUAGAGAACUCUUGGGAAAAGCUCUGGAGAAUGGUGGGAACAGCUUUAAAAAUGUUUUUACAGAUCUAGAGUAGCCUCCUGGAGCAACAGCCUUAAUAAAGACUGCAGUCAUGUGCUCUGGUUUUGUUUAGACCAAAAAUAUGAGAAUUCAUCUGUAGGGAAGCCAAUACGCAAACCGUGUAUAAAAAGUGUACAAAAGCAGGAGUGGUCACAAUUAUACGUGAUAUUAAAUACAUAUAAUGUUGUAAUUAAAGUAUUUUUAAUAGCAUGAUGAUGCCAUUUAAAAUGUUCACUUUUUACUGCAAAUAAUUGUUUACUAGUAUAAUUUUCCUUUUUCUUAUUGUGAUUCAUGUUUGAUUUAUUAGAAUAAACUGAUAUUUAAUGUAAA